AUGUUUGCAAAUUUGGUUUAUAGGCGGACAUCCCUGGUUGUAACUCCUUCCAUAAGAAUCAGAUCUUACAUUUCAAUUACAACAGAAACUGAAUUUGCAAAUAGGAAAGCAAGGGUACAGGAGAAUCAUGAGUUUUACUAUCCAUUGGUGAACGAUCUACGAUACGGAAACGGGGUCCAGACGCUUAGAAUACCCGAAUUUCGGAAAAAGUUUGAAUAUUAUCAGUUUCCAAAUUCUAGCAAGAAAAUUGACACUUUGUUCUCAGUUUGUGGAAAGAUUUCCAGCAUCCGAAGAGCUGGUAAAGGAAUGAUCUUUAUGGAUAUUAUCCAAGAUUUCACCAAGUUACAGUUGGUAAUUCAUCAUAAGAUGCUGAAUUUGAAUAAGGAGGAGUUUUCCAACAUUCACAGUGAAUUCAGAAUUGGAGAUCAUGUCUCGGUAAUUGGAUUCCCAGGAAAGACAGAUGUAGGUGAACUGUCGUUAAAGGCAAACCAGAGAGUCAAACUAGCAGCUCCAGCACUACACCCGUUACCCCCAAAACUUACCGAUACAGCUAAGAUUAAUAGUCUCAGAGUGGUAGACUACCUUGUAAAUAGAAAAUCACAGGAGAUAAUCCUGGCAAGAUCCAAAAUUAUAUCAACCAUUAGAAAGUUUUUAGAAGACAGACAAUUCGUGGAGGUUUCCACCCCAAUUAUAGCCAAUUCUGGUACUGGAGCUAAUGCUACUCCUUUUGUAACCAGCAGUGAACAUAUUAAGAAUGAUAUGUUGCAACCGGAACCUCUUCAAUUAAGAGUUGCACCGGAGCUGUGGCUAAAAAAACUGAUUAUAUCUGGGUUUGAUAAAGUAUUUGAGAUUGGAAAAGUGUUUAGAAACGAAGGGAUUGACAGUACACAUAAUCCUGAGUUUUCGACUUGUGAAUUUUAUCAAACUUUUACUUCAUUAGAGGAGUUAAUGAACUUGACUACAGACCUUUUCCGUUCAAUAUCCACUGAAUUGCUGAAUGCUGAAUCAUUGAAGCUCACUCAUAUUCAAGCAAAAGCUCUUCAGCAUGAAGAGUUCGAAACGUUAGAGUUCAUUCCUGCCAUCGAAGAAGCGACUGGAAAGAAACUACCCGAGAAUCUGGGGGUUGCAGAACUUGAAAACUAUUUCAAAAGUAUAAAUUUGGAGUUUCCAAAAGUGAAGUCACCAGCUCAAUUUUUAGAUACUCUAUCGUCUGAAUAUUUGGAACCUCAAUGUGCCAAACCAACGUUUAUUUACCACCAGCCAGCAAUUCUUUCACCUCUAGCCAAAUCCACCAGUAUUAAAUAUGGUGAUCGUCAAUACGAUAUUUCCAGACGAUUUGAACUUUUCAUUAAUGGAAAUGAGUAUGUCAAUGCUUACGAAGAGGAAAAUGAUCCUUUCUCCCAGAAUGAAAAGUUCAAACUUCAAACUCGUUCCAAGGAGAAGCAUCAAGAUGAAGAGGCAUUAGUUCCUGACUACAAGUACGUCACCAUGAUGGAGUGGGGUAUGCCACCAACAGGAGGAUGGGGAAUAGGUAUAGACCGAUUGACAAUGCUACUGACUGACAGUGCCAGAGUAGAGAACGUUUUGACAUUUGGAAAAUUGAAUGAUGUCUUGAAGCAUUAG